ACGAACAUUAUUUAUAUCCUCGAGCCAGUCAUAGCCUAGGGCGUGCGUCGUUAGGGUUUUCAGCAGCCGCUUUCCUUUCCGUCUCCCUACGAUCACGAUGACUGCUCAAACACAAGAGGAACUCCUUGCUGCUCAUUUCGAGCAACAAAAGAUCGACAAUGAUGAACCAAUCGUGGAGGAUGACGAGGAAGAUGAUGACGAUGACGACGACGACGAUGAUGAUAAAGAAGAUGAAGGGCAAGAAGGUGAUGGUUCUGGAAGGUCAAAACAAAGCAGGAGCGAGAAGAAGAGUAGGAAGGCUAUGCUGAAGCUCGGUAUGAAGCCAGUACCUGGUGUCAGCCGCGUAACAGUAAAGAAGAGCAAGAAUAUACUAUUUGUUAUAUCGAAACCUGAUGUCUUCAAGAGCCCAACUUCAGACACCUACGUUGUGUUUGGAGAGGCGAAAAUUGAGGAUCUAAGCUCACAGUUGCAGACUCAAGCUGCCGAGCAGUUCAAGGCCCCGGAUUUGAGUCACAUGAUAUCAAAACCUGAGCCAUCUACCGUCGCACAGGAUGACGAAGAGGUCGAUGAGACUGGUGUCGAGCCAAAGGACAUCGAAUUGGUAAUGACCCAGGCUGGGGUUCCCAGGUCCAGGGCUGUCAAUGCGCUCAAAGCUGCCGAAGGUGAUAUCGUCACUGCAAUCAUGGAACUUACAAAUUAGUGCUUGAAGCCUUUAUCUGAGGGAUCUCUAGACAAUAUCAUUGCGACUGGUGAAGUUUGAGGAUCAGUUAUGGCCGGAAAUCAACUGGUGCUCUUCUAGUAUCACAACUGUCUAGUUUAUUUCUUUAUGUUUACUAUGCUUGCUAUUUUCAAAUAUUUCUGAGGAUUGUUCUCGCCAUGGUUAAGUUGGAACGAAAACCCGUACACUAAGUCGAAUGUUUCCAACUAAAACCGAGCGGAUAAACUGAUUGCAUAUCAGGACUGAAUAGGCCGAAUUUUGCUUUCGAUUCA